GCAAUGUUCUUUGUCUCAUAAACUGGUUGAUUGGAUUUGUUGUCGUUCGUGAUAUAUUUUCUCCAUUUCAAUUGGCUGUGUCCCCUCACCUGAGAUCUUAUGGGGAUCCAUAUCAUAUCAUACCAUACCAUACCAUACCAUACCAUAGCAACUCCCUCCAAAACAAUACGGAGUAGGUAACCAGCCAAAUCAGAUCAGAUCAGAUCCACGAGCACUUUUCGACACAAGGGUCCAGGACAGGUCAAUAUUCUAUCGAGCAGUGAAGGGAAAACAAUACCUAGGUCCCGAGGAGUCUCAAAGCCGUGCUCGCAAAAGAAAUACGGACGAGAAGAAAAGAAAGAAAGAAAGAAAGAAAAAGAAAAAAUAAACAGUCGAUUCUCAUACUCACUCCCAUACUCACUCCCGACUGAUACCAUUGAGUCAAUCUGGCUGUAUCACGACAGCCCGACUCUCACACAUUCCUGUGUUGUUGUUUUUCCUCCCUCGCUGGAACAACUCGAUCCAAACCGUUUCAUCCAACCUUUGGAGUGUCUAGUCCUGUCCGCCAAUCUGUACCAUAAGCAAAUAAGCAGUUCCCCAGUAAGCAAGCAACCUUCCGAUGCUCUUCCAUUGCCUCUGAGAGAGAAGGGGAGAAAAGUUAAACAAGGUACCUCAACCUCAGGUUUUCCCGCUUCAAACCACACUCCAUCUCACUCUCACACCAAAACUCAAACGGAUUAGUUUUGCCGUAGUAGGACAUCAACCCAGACCACGCCAGAUAAAUUUAUCCCCCCCCAACUACAACCUCUAAACCGUUUCCAAAAAAUACUUCCAUCAAAUCAUCAAAUAAUUUUCUCUCCCCAAAUUUACACAAGGAGACAUCAAUAUCAACUAUUAUGAUGUCUUCUUUCAAUAUUGAUUGCUAGCUAGGUUCAUUCCUCGCGGUCGAGUCGACUGAACGGUUUUUCCCCUCCACGAUACGAAUGCUUGCAAAGACACGAUAACAUCCGAUCCCAACCAACGAAGACGCGUACAACAUCAAUGCAGUUGAUUGAAAGUCUAAGGGCACCAUUCAAUAGUCAAUGUUGACGCAACGGAUUGAUUCUUAGGAAUCCUCAAUCUAUAUUUCAGCCAAGAUGGAGGGAGAGCAGAAUCAGGCAAUGUUAGCACCACCCGCUGUAUCGCAUCUGCGUGCAGAGGCCGGUAUGAUGGAACGAUCACUCAGUGCGGAUAUUCGAGAAGAGAGGGAAGAUCUCCGACAAGCAGCAGAAGAAACUCUCAAUGUCAUCAUGGAUCUCAGUAUGGAUGGCACAAUAAAUUGGGUCAGCCCCUCAUGGUCAGAUGUCAUUGGUACAACUUUGGAUUCUGUUCAAGGGAAACCAAUUGCGGACAUUUUGAUUGGAGACAACGACAAGAGUGUAUUCACAGAUACUCUGGAGGAAAUGAAGAAGGACGAUUCUCGCAGUUACAUUAUAAGGUUCGCCAUUGAGUUGGGUCCGGCUUCAAGAUUAUUACCGCUGGAAAAUCUAGAGUGUGUCAAAGAAGGGGAAGGCGAAGGUGCAGCAAUGUCGCAACCGGGACCUGCUACAAUUGAUCUGGAGGGACAGGGUAUCAUGGUGCACGAUCGAGGAUCCGAAGCAGGCAGUCAUACUAUGUGGAUGAUUAGACCUUGGAUAGCGCCACGAGAAAUUCAAAUAGACCUUGCCCCUGUUAUAGUCGAAUCUCUAGGUACCGGAGCACAAGUUCUUGCGAAAUAUCUUACUACCGUUGCAGAAAAUGGUCUGGAGGAUCCAGAAAAUCAUGCCCCGCCAUUACCACUUCUUUGCCGAAUCUGCGAACGUCAAAUCCCUCCUUGGUGGUUCGAAAAACAUACCGAGUUGUGUCUCCAAGAACAUAAAGCUGAGAUGGAAGUACAAAUGUGUCAGGACAAUUUGACGGAACAUCGUCAUGCCAUCGUUAGAGUUUUGGAUGCGUUGGAAGCUCGUCAAGCUCGGCCGAGUGCGGGAGAACAACCUGUGAUGCCGACUCCACCUCAGGCUGAAUACAAAGGAUUACCGAUUGGUGCCAACUCAACUACGUCUUCCGGUACAGCUUCUCCAGGGACACCCACAUCGGGUAGAUCUCGGUCAAGGUCUACAUCAGGAUUAGGUCACGUAAGAGGACGAUCUUUCGCUCAAAGGCGACCUCAUGCUCGAAUUGUAGAAUUAUUACUGGACCUUUGUGAUACAGCCAUGGAAAUCAACACACCCGCGAUUAAAGAGCCAUCCCCUCAAGCUCCCGGAGAGUUUCGCACACAAUCUCCUCAAUCGGAAUCCCGCAUAUCUCAAGUUAUGCAAUGGCAAUCACCAAGUUUGAAUGCUGUAGAUCAAGAAGGCCUAUCGAUGCUAUGUGCGGAUAGCGAAGCCGUUGCACGAGCAAAGGUUGAAGCUGUCAUUCGUCAUCGAAGAAUUAUCGAAUAUUCAGAACGCAUCCGUAUGGAAUUUUCGGCAAUUGUACAGGAUUGUAUAGAUGAGGCUAUCAACAAAGCUGCCCGAAUUGCAGCUGGUCAACUAAGUGAUUCGACAGAGGAGCCUGAAGAAACAACACCAGCUAAUGAAGAGGGGUUUUUUGCAGGUUCGUUCGACGGACCACAUGGACCAUCAUCGCUGGCGGCAGCACUUCGAGCUGCUGAAGUUGGGACGGGCACGGUACAUGAAGGUCGGCAAUUAUCAUCUGCUGCCAUUUCUUCUACUAGAUCCAGUAGUCCUAAAGAAUGUCCAACCCCUCGUUCACACCAGGGCGCUUUGAGUAGCAUACUAGGACAAUCCCGAGAAGCAAGAAGAGAAUCAAUCUUUUUCGAGAGUGACACGGGUGCGGAAAGUGAUGGUAGUGUCAGAUCAUCAUCGGUCAUGGGGCGUCCGCCAAGAACAGAAUCUCCAGUUUCAGAGUUCGGAGAUCUUCGUCGACAUGCAAGUUCACGACAGCAAAACAGGCGAAGUAUGGUUCUCGCUACUGGUACACUUUCACCCCGAAGACAAGAGUCUCCCGUUCGGAUGCCACCUCCAUCAUCCCCAUUGAGAAUUUCCAAACCCCGCAUUCUGCCGAUCGCCCACGAGGGUAUUGUUUCUCCAACUGCAUCGCCGAUGCUUCCCGGAAGCGAGUUCAGCUCGCCCGCAUUAGUUCCGUCACACCAUCGACGUCAGUCCUCGGCUGCUGGAUCAGACCCACGCCCACCACCAUCGCCCCGAUUAAAUUCUGUUAGUGCCCCCCAAGCACGUGCCGUACCACCAUCGAUCAAGGAUUUCGAGAUCAUCAAACCUAUCAGCAAGGGAGCCUUUGGUAGUGUUUACUUAUCGAAGAAGAAGUCAACUGGUGAUUACUAUGCUAUCAAGGUACUUAAAAAGGCCGACAUGGUUGCCAAGAAUCAAGUCACGAAUGUUAAGGCUGAACGUGCUAUUAUGAUGUGGCAAGGUGAGAGUGAUUUUGUCGCGAAGCUCUAUUGGACAUUUUCAAGUAAAGACUAUCUAUACCUAGUGAUGGAAUAUCUUAAUGGUGGCGAUUGUGCAUCUCUCAUUAAAGUUCUCGGAGGUCUUUCGGAGGAUUGGGCAAAGAAAUACCUUGGCGAGGUAAUCCUUGGGGUUGAACAUCUUCACAGUCGUGGCAUUGUACAUCGUGAUUUGAAGCCUGACAAUCUUCUCAUUGAUCAAAAGGGUCAUCUUAAAUUGACCGAUUUUGGUCUAUCGAGGAUGGGUUUGAUUGGACGUCAAAAGCGUGUAUUAAGCAGCGUAGCGAAUGAGUCUGCACCAGAUCUGCUAAAGCAAGGCCCUUUUGCUCGAGCGACUUCAAUGAGUUCUUCUCGUGCUUCGUCAUUCGAUUACCAGGGCCAUCAUUCACCCGGCUCAACACCUCAGAUGACCCCAGAUGUUGCAGGUAGCUCAGGAACACCCUCGUACUUCAAUUUGAGUCGUGAAAAUACUAUCAACAAGGAUGCGCGACGAAAGUCUGGCCAUCGGAGUGAUAGUGGCGGCAGUGAUGCAUUGACUUCUAUGUUCAACCAAUUUUCUUUGAACGAGUCCCAGAAUCAGCAAGCGCUCAACCAAAGGAGAUCACCUAUUGAAGAAUUGAGUGAAAAUGAGGUUACUGGAUCACCAGACUUGUGCCUUCAACCGAUCACUAGUCACAGUUCUGAUGCUAGGCACAGUACACCACCACAAACUAGCACAGGUAUGAUGCCACCUCCAAUGGCUCUUUUCGAUCCUGAUGAUAGUAAUCGUCGAUUUGUUGGUACACCUGACUAUCUUGCUCCCGAAACGGUAAAUGGCCUUGGUCAAGAUGAAGUAAGUGACUGGUGGUCUGUAGGAUGUAUCAUGUUUGAAUUCAUCUAUGGCUAUCCACCAUUCCAUGCUGGCACACCGGAUGAAGUUUUCGAAAACAUUCUGGCUCGCCGAAUUUCAUGGCCGGAUGAAGGUGACUACGAUGUCUCAGAUGAGGCUAAGGAUCUUAUGAAUAAGCUUCUAUGUUCAGACCCUCAAAAACGGCUUGGGGCCAACAAAGAAGAGAAGUUUCCUACUGGAGGCGAUGAAAUCCGAAGCCAUCCUUGGUUUGAAGGCACUCAGUGGGACAAAUUACUUGAAGACGAUGCACAAUUUGUUCCCGCACCCGAGAAUCCUGAGGAUACCGAGUAUUUUGAUGCGAGAGGAGCCACUUUGCAAUCUUUCGCGGAAGAGAUGGAAGAUCAAGCAUCUACUCAGCAUCCGACACCUGGUGCCGAAUAUCCUGAACGCCCUCAUGAUGCUUUAUCUCGAGUUCGGAGUCAAGUCAAUAACGUCAAACGAGGUUUAAUGCCAUUGCACAUUCCACCUCACGUCCGAGAUAUGAAGAGCAGGCGACUGAGCGAGCCUGUAGUAGCAGAUGACUUUGGCAAUUUUACUUUCAAAAACUUACCAGUUCUAGAAAAGGCAAACAAAGACGUCAUACAGAAAUUACGACAGGAAGCCAUGUCGGCCACAAGCAAGCCAGUCGUCAGUCCUGGUGGUGCUAACAAUGUAGUCACAUCCCCCGCUGCGUUGGAUGGAAGCCCUGUAUUGCCAAUGCCAAUGCCAAUUCAAAGAACCUUGUCAAAUGCUAAAGCUACUGCUCGGCCUUCGUCUCCUUCUGGAUUCAGUCAAGCUGAUGCUUCUCCAAGUAGGGCCUCACAACCUUCAUCACCUUUACUUGUCUCAUUUAUUGCAGGUCAGAAUAAUGAAGCUAGACGUAAAACUUCAAGCAAUUCCUCAAGCUUAUCACAGCAAUCGAGCAACAAUCUUGCACCACCUGCUAGUUUUAUGGAUGGGCCUAGAACAUCGCCUGGGCUUCAUAAGAGUACUAGCUCUGCCGCUUCAUCGCCUAUCAAGAUACGUGGGUCUGCACCUCCACCACUUUCAUUAUCAUCGCCAGCAAAACCGCCUGCCACUCCCCGACAAGGUAGUGGUAAUUCUUCAUCAUCUAGAGCUCGCUCCCAAACAGUUGGAUCACAAGAAGGAAGUCCUUUACCAGGCGAAUUCUUAUCCCAUCGCAAGCGACGAAGUCAAGUAUUCGAUAUGUCACCUUCCUCUUCGGACAAUGAAGGGGAAAAGGCCAAUGCAUUACUUCGUGUCCAACGUCGCCGUCAAAGCUCGAGACGGAUGUCCCAGAUUACCUUAUCUGAUGGCCCUGCUUUUAGACCUUUGGAUGUGCUUAUUUGUGAAGAUCACCCAGUAUCACGAAUGGUUAUGGAGAAAUUGCUGGAGAAAUUACGUUGUCGCACAGUGACAGUCUCAAAUGGUGCUGAUGCAUUGAGAUAUGCUGUUAGCGAUAUUAAAUUCGAUAUUAUUAUGAUGGAAUUCAAAUUACCUCAACUCAAUGGUGCAGAUGUGGCUCGAAUGAUUCGCGAAACCAAGAACGCCAAUUCUCAAACUCCAAUAGUUGCCAUCACUGGAUACCUUAAAGAACUUCAAGCACCUCAUCAAUUCGACGCUUUAAUCGAGAAGCCACCGACCGCGUCGAAGCUCACCGAAGUUCUUUGUAGAUUAUGUCAAUGGAAAGAGCCUAUAUCAAGUUUGAACUUCUCUCCGGCAUAUCCUCCACCGUCUGGUCUACGCCAGGAGAGUUUGCGUCUUGAAGACAGCCCUACUUCUGCUUCGUCUGGUUUUGCACAUAUGCCAGCUGGUAGUUUCAGAGGUUCAAGUCGCGAAGAUUCCAUCAGUUCAAGUCUUUUUGAGGAUACCGAAGCCUUUCCAACUGAUGAUCUUCCUGUUGUCAUCAAUAGGAGACCUACAGGCGAUUGGGACGAGACUGGACUUGGUAUCAGUAACGAAGUUGACAUGAUUGAAGAUAAUGAAUUACCUAAACUUCCGCCACCCAACCUUCUUCCAAGUAGCCCUUCUCCAAUGCGAUUAGAACACCGCCGAAAUCUUUCUCGCCAACGAUCAUCCGAAAAAAUGAAGGCGAAACGGGAAAUUCUGGAGAAGAACCGCCAUGAAUGUGCAGAAUCUGGUGAUGACGAGGAUGAAGUUUUGGGUGAUGUAGCUGUGCGGGAAAAGACCAGUCCAAAGGCUACCACUUCGCCAAAAACACAUCGUGGUUCUAAGCUCGGUACAGAAAUGAUGCGCACGAACAGUCGCGGUAGUGUUGUGUCUGGGACAGAAUUGUUGAAUUCUGACUCAAUUGACCCACCGCCUACCGUCACUGAAGAGGCGAUUACUUCAUCGCCAAUAUCAGAAAUGCCUCUAGCAUCGGAGAUCUCUGAGGCUACUUCAACGCCUCCAGGAAAAUUUCAAGGCCCCGGCGAUAAAGAGGUUGAUUUAUUCAAAACGCCAAAACAAUCACAGUCACAAUUCUCAUUCAUAGAUGAAGAGUAUACUCCCCGGCCUACUUCAAAGUCAUCACAAACAGUUGUCGAUGGUGAUUUUCUUCCUACACCUCGGCCUACUUCAAAGUCAUCACAAACAGUUGUUGAUGGUGAUUUUUUUCCUACGCCUCGACCUACUUCAAAGUCUUCGAACACGGGUGAAAACGAUGAUUAUCUUAAUGUGGGUAAAAGUUUAAAGAGAGAUCGGUAAACCUAAUGUAGCAACUACUACAGCGAACACAACUCAGCUUACACAAAUAUUUCCUUUUCAAUGUCAUAUUAUUUGCCUUCACAAGGCACAUUAAACUUCUAACAGACUUUUUUCUUUGUUCACUUUGUUAAUUUUAUUUGAAGCGCACAAGCUUCUCAUUUUUGCCUCUUUGGACUCGACAUGUCGUAGUCUACAUUAACUGAACUUCAUGACUCAAGCGUGGCGUUUGGGAAUGGUUCAGGUGGGAGAUUAUGCAUAUCAUAGGGCGUUUUUUCGUAUUUCUGGUAUUGAUCAAAUAUGAAUGGGCUCGCUCGAAUUUCACAGAGCAGAUCGGAUUGUGGGUUGGUUGAUGUUUUUUUUUGUUAAGGAUGAGGAGGAUGGAUGGUUAGGGAAUUGGGGUUAGGGGAAAAUUCAAAUGUUCACGCGGUUAAGUGAUCAAUUUCCUUGCAUUUGACGAGAAGAAUGUGAUAAAUUGCUGCCACUGUUACAUACGCCGGGACGUCAAUAGCUGACAAGGAAGAUUUUGUAGAUUUUUUGGGUUUUGGAAGAAGGUUAGUGGUCGGAGACGGGAGGUGAUGAGAGGUGAUGAGAGAGGAGUAUAUUGAUGACUGAGUACAUCGAUGGGCGAUGUGGACCGGGAAUUUUAGUUUAUCAUAGCCACACAUAAGAUACGAGGAAUACACAUGAGCAUUGGCAUUAGCAAACA